CGCCACUUCAUCUCCCACGUGCUCGCCUUCUUCGCCGCCUCCGACGGCAUCGUGCUCGAGAACCUCUCCUCCCGCUUCAUGUCCGACGUCCAGGUCGCCGAGGCGCGCGCCUUCUACGGCUUCCAGAUCGCCAUCGAGAACAUCCACUCGGAGAUGUACUCGCUGCUUCUCGAGACCUACAUCCGCGACGGCGCCGAGAAGGACCACCUCUUCCGCGCCAUCGACACCGUCCCCGCCGUGCGCCGCAAGGCCGACUGGGCCAUGCGCUGGAUCGACGGCGGGGAGCGCUUCGCCGAGCGCCUCGUCGCCUUCGCCUGCGUUGAGGGCAUCUUCUUCUCGGGCUCCUUCUGCGCCAUCUUCUGGCUCAAGAAGCGCGGCCUCAUGCCGGGCCUCACCUUCUCCAACGAGCUCAUCUCCCGCGACGAGGGCCUCCACUGCGACUUCGCCUGCCUCCUCUACGACCUCCUCCGCAGCAAGCUCGACGAGGGCCGCGUCCGCGAGAUCGUCGCCGACGCCGUCGACAUCGAGCGCGAGUUCGUCUGCGACGCGCUCCCCGUCGCGCUCGUCGGAAUGAACGGCGGGCUCAUGAGCCAGUACAUCGAGUUCGUCGCCGACCGCCUGCUCAUGGCGCUGGGGCACCAGAAGAUGUACAACGUCGCCAACCCAUUCGACUGGAUGGAGCUCAUCUCGCUGCAGGGCAAGACCAACUUCUUCGAGAAGCGCGUCGGGGAGUACCAGAAGGCGUCCGUGAUGUCCAGCCUCAACGGCGGCGGCGCCGCGAACCACGUCUUCAGCGUCGACGAGGACUUCUGAGUUGUGACCGCGCGCGGCGUAUUCUAUUGCUCCGAUAAUCUUUAUUUGCUUUGGUCGCUUGCUAAUUGUAGUAGGAGUUAGUUCGUAUACUGUUUCAGUUGCUGUGUUGCGGUUUCUGUUCGUCAUGUAAUGUACUAAUAAUCAACUUCUCUAUAAACUGGCUGUUCUUACUCA